GGAGCCUGCGACCCACGACAUUACAGGGCAAAGCGGGAUCAAGCUCGUCGCCAUCAUCUACUGUAGGUUCUCGCCGUGGCCCACGCACGCUGGCCGAGUUGGGUUGUCGGUUGUAAGUUGACGCAGAGAGAUCGAGCAAUGCGGCUCUUGACAGCAGUCAUGUUCCCAUGGUGCUUCUGCAGGGGUCUCGUUCCGGCUGCGAGCAGGCGUGGAGUGGUGGCCCGCGGCAUGGGUGCUCCUGGGUUGAGGAGGAGAGAUGGGGGCGCCGGAGCGGGUACACGAGUUCCGUUAACGCUGCGUGCUGGCGGCCGGGGCGGUGGUGGAGGCGGCGUUCUGCCGAGAGAAAAGCUGCUGAAGCAGGCCGUUUACGAGGGGAUGGAAAAGCUUACCGCGGCCAAGCUGCUGGACGGAGCGGACUCCGCGCUUAAGACAUGGUCGACCUACACAACAGGCUUCUUGCCCCCGCCCGAUGUGAACGUGAUGACCAAGCUGCUCGACCCCUUGCUUGACGUGGAGGUUCAGUCCUGGGGCGGCCAUGAGCAGGCGGAGAGAAAACGCCUAUUCGUUUCUAGGGAGGGAGUGUCGGCCUCGGAAUUGGAGUCCGAGGUUGUGGCGCUAGAGAUCGGGGGUCAGUUUCUGUUCGACAUGGCGGACCACCGUGACUUCCUCGGGGCCAUCGUCAAUCUCGGGGUCACGAGAGACGGGAUCGGAGACAUCCUCGUCCAGGGCGAGCGGGGGGCGCACGUGCUAGUCGACCCCGUGAUGGCCGAAUUCCUGGCCGGGAGUCUCACCAGCGUCAGGAGCGUCAAGGUUAAGGUCCGGCCGAUCCCACUGGAAGAGCUCGCCGUCCGACCGGCGAAGACGAAGGACGUGAGCACCGUCGAGGCGUCCCUCCGCCUGGACUCCGUAGCGAGUGCCGGCAUGGGCAUGAGCCGCAGCAAGAUGUCGGCGGCUAUCAAGAGCGGCUUGGUGCUUGUCAACUGGAAAGCUGCCGGUUCGGGCACGACGGAUGUGAAGGAGGGCGACGUCGUGACCGUUAGGGGAAAAGGGCGGGUCGAGAUCGGGGACAUCACCGUCACCAAGAAGGGACGCUACAAGAUCAACAUGCGCCGUACCACUUGAGUUACAAGUGGUCGUCCACCGAUUGGGAUUCGUUGCGGUGUGCGCCACCUCUAGUGCGUGGAUGCAGUUAGCGGCAGCACGUUUCGGGGUGCUGUGGUUGGCUUGUGACCACGGAAGGCGUCCGCUUCAGUAGGACCUGCACGGACAUUAGAAAGUACUGAGCGGAGACCGGAACGUUUUUCUACGGCAGAGAGCAACAACAACAACAACAACAACAACAACAACGUGAGGAACUCUGGUUUGGCCAGCAGCUGGGGUUGUAAGAUCCUAGGGCUGUUCUACAAAUGGCCGCUAUACACGUAUUGGUGGUUUCCAACCGCGCUUACGAAUGGUGCGCAUGUUCUUAGAUAUAUAUAUAUAUAUAUAUUUUUUUUUAGAUAUUGAUUUUCAAGUUGCUGCCAAGCUCUUUUUGGAUGGUGACCUUGGGCAUCACUACCGAUUUGCUAUUAAAACCUUGGGACAGGAUGUGUUCCAGAGUACGUGGCAGCGCCGAAAAUGGCAACGUUGGAAUCGUCGCGUCAAGGUCGUUCGGUCCAUCGUUUGAUGUAUGCACCCUCUUGGUCGUGGGGUGUUCGUCCAGGGGUGUGUGGUAUCUUGCGCCACCGGCGUAUCGUGACUCCUGCAUGCAACGGCUAACUUGUGCGGGUGUCGUGGGCACGGUGGGCAGAAAAUAGGUUUUACCGUGAACCGUUGCCUAAAACGAGCGUUGGGUUGAGCCCGUUGUUUGGAGAUGCCCUGCGCAGGCUUUGGACGAAGGCUUAGAUUUCGGACAUGUGUUCCAUGUUUUGUGUUCGGCGGGCAAGGCUUUUUGGUGUCAAGGAUAGAGUGAAGUGUGGCUGUAUUCUACAUGGCGCGUGAGGGUCGCACACGCGUCAUAUACGGUGAAUAGAGCAGCAGUUGAAUAUCGUUGCAAACCGCGGGGUAGGUGUGUACGCAGCCGCCAGAGAGGUUCCAGUGCAACGUUGAGCGCCAGACUCGACAUGGGCACCUCUCACUGCCUGGACAAGUGCAGAAGCUCAUCUCUCGCCUUCCAUACCAGGGUACGUGGGUGUGAAAACAUGCCCUUGACGGCCUACAGCGGUACAUGGAAACUUCUGGCUGUAGAGGCAGAGGAUAUUACGGACGCUCGGGUUAGGCAUUGGUUUGGAGAUGAGGGAACGACC